AUGGGUACCAUCAAAAGUCUCAUCGAAGAGAAUGUCGAUGGAAUAUACGUAAAAAGUCUGAUGUUCGGAAAUAAUAUGGUUGAGGACACUGAGAAAGGCUUUUUUGGAAAUAUGAACGACCUGGUAGCGGAAGCCUGCAAAAAGAUUCGCAACGACACACUGCUACAGUUUGGAUACAAUGCGAUCGGCUUUUCACAAGGCGCAGUGUACAAGGGGAUAAAUCAGAUGGAAGGGACCGAUGGAAGAGCUGUGGCCCAAAGAUGUCCCGACCCACCGAUGAAGAAUUUCGUGUCAGUAGGUGGACAACACCAAGGCGUAUUUGGCCUUCCUUACUGUCCUGGAGACACAACGCUCUGUAACAUGAUUCGAAGACUGCUUGAUCUGGGCGCGUACAACCACUACGUUCAACAUCAAGUGGUGCAGGCCCAAUAUUGGCACGAUCCCCUACAUGAGGACGAAUACAGAGAGAGAAGCAUUUUCCUAGGGGAUAUCAACAAUGAGCGGGUGAGUGAUCGAUGGUUAGAGUACGUACCAGAAGAA